AAUGCAGCCGUGUUAAUCAAAGCGCGUCGCUCGCCAGGAGAAGUGCAAGUGUUUUCCACGCUCCCAGGCAGCAUUCAAACUCAAAUCGCAGGAAAAAUUCAGCGAGAUGCUGUGCCACCGACACAUUCACAUCCAUUGCCACCUGUUCCUGCUGCAGCUCCUGGUGAUGCCCUUACUUCAGGGUUCCCCCGUUUCGAGUCCGGAGAUAGCUAGUAAGGGUUCCAAGUCGCCGAAUAGCCUGGCACAGGUGCAACAGCAGCAGCAGCAGCAGCAACAACAGGAGGCCCACCUGAACUCGCUGAGUGCCUACGCCAGUGGUUACGACAUGGCCCAGAACCAGGCUCAAACCCAAAAUCAGCUUCAAGGCCAGAUUCUAUCACAGACGGAUCCGGCAUUCAAGCCCUCGUACAAGAUGCCCGAGAUGGAGACCAACUUCACGCCCAUGCAAACGGCGGGAACACCAAGUGUGGCCAGUUUACCAUCGACUCCCAUGCUCAUGCAGUAUCUUCCGGCCCAGACAAUCCAGGAUGGAUCCGGAAACUCGGUUCAGUACCUUCAGCUGAUUCCCACCCGACCGAUCAUAGUGCCCAUCUCGCCGUACCUCUCGGCUGCCGCAGCGGCCGCCGGAUCUCCACCAGCAAUCUCCGCCGGCGCACAGCCUGACUUCGGAGGACGAACGGCCACUGUUUUGAGUGCUCUACCGCCCAAUUACGCAGCUCUCCAGGGUUACGCCAGUGGGUCCAUCAAUCCGGCCGCCGCCUUCCGCAAUACCUAUCGGAUCAAUCGCGAGGCCAAGGACAAACACUUCCCGCCCUCGUUCUCGCUUAAUCUCAACGAGUACUUGCCAGCCGCCUCGAUGGGACUGCCGGGAGGCCAUGACGCCUCCGCCAAUGGUCCACAUGUGUACCUGAGGACCAGGUCUUAGGAUGUAAGCUACCGCCAAAGUUUCGCAACGUUUGAGCCUCUUUGUCUCUUCCAGAAUAAAGCCUUAUAUGUAUAUAUGUAGA